UAAUAAUAAAAAAUAAAAAAAAUAAAUCACGUCACAGCAGCUACUGCGUCAUAUUGACGCGCCGGUGUUGUUGUUGAGCUCUGUGUGCGCCGUUUGAAUUGGCUGUUUGCCAUCAUGGUGGUGUUUCCGAGCUCACUGACGGAGGAAGAGGAGGCGCUGCAGAAGAAAUAUGCUAAACUCAAGAAAAAGAAAAAGGCACUGCUCGCCCUGAAGAAGCAGAGUUCAACUAACCAGACCAACCAGGGUGGCUUGAAACGGACUUUGUCGGACCAGCCUGUCGUUGACACCGCAACGGCGACAGAGCAAGCAAAGAUGCUGAUCAAGUCGGGCGCCAUCAGUGCCAUCAAAUCAGAGAACAAGAACUCCGGCUUUAAGCGUUCUCGGAUGUUGGAAAUCAAACUCAAGGACCCUGAGAAAGGCCCAGUUCCAGCUUUCUUACCAUUUCAAAGGAGUGUCUCUACAGAUGAAGAACAACCUGAGUCGGGGAAGAGAGCCCAAAGGAAAUCUCUGUAUGAGAGCUUCGUCAGCUCAAGCGACCGAUACCGGGACGAGGAAGACGGAGGCGGCAUGUCAUCCACCCGUGAAAUGGACAGAGACAGAGAGCGAGACAGAGAGCGAGAACGAGACAGAGACAGAGAGCGAGACCGCGACCGGGAGCUGGAUCGAGAGCGGAACAGGGAGAGAGAGAGAGAAAAGGAGAGAGAAGGAGAGCGGGACAAGGACAAGGACAAGGACAAGGAAAGAGGAAGAGGCAGAGACAGAGACAGAGAACGGGACCGAGAGAGAGAGAGAGACCGAAGCAGAGAGAGGGAUCGAGAACGGGACAGGGAACGGGACAGGGAACGGGAGAGAGACAGAGACAGAGAUGGACCGUUCAGACGAUCAGAUUCAUACCCGGAGCGGAGAGGGGUGCGAAAGGGGAAUACGGUGUAUGUUUACGGUUCUGGGCUCACCGAGGAAAGCCUGCGCUCUGCUUUCUCUCAACAUGGAAACAUCAUCGACCUCUCCAUGGACAACCCACGCAAUUGUGCAUUUAUCACGUUUGAGAAGAUGGAGUCUGCAGACAUGGCUGUAGCUGAGUUGAAUGGAAGCACGGUGGGAGACGUUCACAUCAAAGUCAGCAUCGCCAGGAAGCAGCCCAUGCUGGAUGCUGCUACUGGCAAAUCUGUGUGGGCAUCACUGGCUGUGCAGAACAGCACUAAAGGCUCCUACAGGGACAAGAGGAACCAAGUCGUGUACAGUGAAGAUUUCUUGUGAUUUAAAAAAAAUAAAUAAAAAGUCUUAGUUUUUGUAUUUUGGCAUAUAGCUUUUCAUGUUUUUUUCUUAAUGACCCAUUAGCUGCUUAAAGUCUCUGUGUUGCAGGAUUAAUACAAAGUCAACUGUUGUCUUUUGGAUUUGGAUCACUGUAGUUCACAUGUAAUAUCAUAGGAUUCAUAAAGUGAACUCUUCUGGGGUUUUGCUUAAAGGCUUUCUAUGAAAGAAUUUCUAAGCACAAAUAUAGCUCAGGCGAAAACUGAACGUCAAUUAAUCAGUUCAGCUAUUGCUUAGAUAAAUAAUAUUUACUCUACAAGAGAAAGAUAAAUUUCACAUUGUUCAGAUGCAUGUGUAAAAAAAAAAAAAAAAAAGCAGUUCUAAAAUGUGAUGUCAAAUUGACUUUUUUUGGUUGAAAAAUCCCUGCGCUGUUGAUUCUUGAAACAUUUUGCCAUUUUGUACAUGAUGGUCUGUGAUCCUGUGUGUGGCAGCUUUGCUCAUGAAACUAGAGAUACUGUUUUUUUGGGGGGUUUUUUUCAAGCUCAAUAAAUAGUAUCCAAACA